AUGAACAGAUGGUCUAUACUAACAAGAAGUUCACUCUUGAGACUAAGUAUACCGCGCAUAAGGUCAAGUCCAUUACCCACCACACUCCUCCGCUACAAUAGUUCAUCCUCAUCAUCAUCUCCAUUUGGUAAAUUAACCACUAAUCCUAUUGAAGAGAGGGAAAAGGAAAAAAGUGCAACUGCUAAUGAGAUAGCCAAGAAUGAAGAAGGUGAGAUUGAUAUCAGUUCAAUUACUCCUCAAAAUGAUGAACAGUUGAUUGAAUAUUACAAGAAUGAGGGUAAACCUUCAUCAUCACAACAAGAUAAAUUGGAGAAUUUAAUUCAUCCAUUAAAGAUUCAAUUAUUCAAUCAAUCAGUGUCACAACAUGGGUUUUUCAAAAAUGAUCAAAUAGUCACACAUCAAGGUAAAUCCUACAAGUUCCAUUUAACCCCCGAAGAGAUUGAUUUAUUAGAACCAUCGAUUUAUCUCCAAUCAUAUAGGAUAAAAUCCUCCAUGAAGAAAGCCACCGUAGUGAAUCGAUUUGUGCGUGGCUACGAUUUGAAAACCGCCAUAAAUCAAUUACACUUCAACCCCAAGAAGAUGGCUACUGAAUUGGAAAAAUUGUUGAAACGCGGGUUAACUAAACUGCAAGAAUUGGGGUAUGAUGAAGAUGCAAUGUAUAUUGCAAGGUUAUGGACGGGUAGUGAUGGAGAUUGGAGGAAACGAUUGGAUAUAAAGGGAAGAGGAAGACAUGGUGUUAUCAAACACCGGUAUAUCCAUUUGAAAUGUGUGUUGAAAACAGGUCAAACAAAACAAAGGUUGCAAUGGGAGAAACUUCAACGCGAAAAGACAAGUAAACCUAAGAUGUUUUUGAAUAAUGAGCCUUUGAAUAUCAAGGUUAGACCGUGGUAUAAGUGGUAA